AUGGCCCAAAUCGGCAGUUUCGUACCAGCCAAAUUCGCCGCUAUUCGAUUGGCGGAUAAAAUAUUUGUGCGCAUGGGAAGCCGUGAUGAUAUGUUCACAAACGCAUCGACUUUCAUGUUUGAGAUGCGUGAAGUUGGCCAUAUUAUCCGAUCGGCAACGGAAACCUCCCUCGUACUCAUCGAUGACUUUGGUUUAUGUACUACGGAUGAGGACUGCUUUGCACUGAGCCAUGCUGUGUGCUAUCAUUUGUCGCAGACGAGGACCUUCACUUUUUUCGCCACCGCUGACGAGACCCUAGGACAACUGCAGUUUCAGGAUGACAACAUCGAGAUCUGUCACUUCAGUGUGGACAUCGGGGGCCUGAAAAGACCACAUAAAGGGCUUGGCAGUUUAGUACUUCCAAAAAGAGCCCGUAUCGCCCAUCCGUCUCCCACAGCUCUUCAGACCUCCUUUGCAAAUUCGUCUUUCGAUCAGUCACUUUUGAACAUCUCGAGCAGCAGUUUUUCUGCUCUCUCUACCCAAUCUGAUGCAGACAACCAGCCCGUCUCCCAUGUCCGUUACACCUAUAAACUCAAGAAGGGAGUUGGACCACGAAGCGCCUGUAUGCUUCAAUUGCUCCGCCGAUUCGCUCUGGAUCCGCAGCUUAUUGAAAGCAUUGAAAAAUAUUACUAUAUGCUCUGCCAGGAUGGUUACACGCAUAUGCCGCAGAAGCCCGCGUUGGGUUCCAUGGAGGUCGGCAGCCCGGUUAUUUCGCUGGUAAGCCUACUUACCCUGUUCUGGUCCCAGGCGUCCGUUUGA